AGCGUAUCUAUUGUGGUGCCCCCUACCCCUCCCUUGUGCAUCGGUACUUUGAUGCAUGUUGAAAUCCCUGAAGAGAGAAGUUGUCUCGAAGUCCUAUGAGAUUCUAAUACAACAGACGCAGAUUGCAUUACUAGUAUAAGAGCUCCCGUUAUGCGCAUACUGAUUUUUGUAACUGCAGUCGUGGCGCUUAGAGUAUUUUCGCGCUUCGAAGAUUCACUUGGUUGUUGUGGUCUCCUCUUCUCGUCUUUAAACGCAAAGGGACGCUCUGUAUUCUCAGCAUGAUAAGGAAGUCACUAGUCCAGCUAGCCGCGCUUGUAUGAAUACUUGCAAUUUUCACGUCUUGAUGAGUAAAGUUAUAGUUGUUUGUUGUCUUUGACUUUCUCCGUUCUUGAAAAAGCCUUUCGUCCAUUUUUGGUUAACCCCUACGCCAUCGUAAAUGGAUCAAAUCUCCUGCGCCAUUUACCUCCUUGGUGUUACACUCAUUUAAUUGGUUUUGUCUUCAUGUUUUGUUUUCGAAAUCUGCCAGCAUAGGAUGACGUGCGGCUUUUUCUGCUGGUAAAAACAAACGGUCGCCUCGAAUUACUGCUUUUUUGUGCAGUACAACACGACGAAGAGUCGAGUUUCAGAAGCUGAGUGGAUCAACGUAGCAACUACGCUUACUGUAGUUCGCAAGCCGCCUCGGGACAUCAACAUGUUUUUACGCGCUGAACACCGCGCUUGUUGUGAUGCUGUCGCACGUGGCGAUCUACUGGAUUGAGCAACUUAUUACCCUCAGCUUAAUUGUGAAUCGAAAGCACACGCUUGUUCGCCAGCAGAAGUCAUCCUCGAUACGCACCCAGCAGAAAUGUCGCAGGUCGUGAAGCAGAUGAAGAUUCGAGGGCCGCAAGGACCUUCAGCUGAGCAACCAUGCCCCGUUUGCUUGCAAAGCGGCCGGGUGAUGACGAUGUGCUGUCGCUGUGCGCAAGACGAGGUCCAGGGACAAGUUUUGUUAAGGCCAAAUUCGUUGAAAUUGUGUAACCUCUGCUACAUGCUUGAAUCUUACAACCAGAUGGACAUUAUAUGUAAUAUAGGUAGGAAUCGAUCAACAUCACGUUCGCGCUUGUGAAUGUAAGACCACUGUAAGUAGAUGAUAAAUAUUAAUAUCUCUAAUCGUAGCGGCGCUUGAACGAGAGCGGCAGCAGCUAGAGCGAGACGGCCGUCGCCUGAGGGAGCGCGCGAGCGCACAGAGAUACGCACGCCGCACCACGUUAGCUCGAACGCAGCGUGAAGUGACACUACUACGACAGGAAGUCGACGUAUCCUUCGCAUAUAAUGUUGAAUUCAAAAUCUGUGAAAUAAUCAGAGCGCAUACGUCCCAUGGUCAUCUUGUUUGAUACUGAGAAUUAUAAUGCCCAUUCAUCCUAUACCUAUUCCCCUCAAUCACAUCAUCAAAUCAUGUACAGGAAAGGACUCGAUCUGUGGAGGAUCUGCGGGCGUUGCUCAGAGACCGCAAGGCACAAGUCGCCCGAAAGCGCGAGGAAGCUCCGGACUUGCGAGCUGGAUUCGAGAAGAACAUCGUUGCACUUCAGUCGGAUCAGGCACCCUUCUACAACUAUACGCAAAAGCGUCAAGAAUCACACUCGCGUACGAUCUCUAAGACUAAAAGUGGUGGAGCUGAAGGUGUAGAGACCUCUGAUGCCUCCAAAAUCAACAAGGAUGCGCCGAAUGAUGGGGAAGUAGAUGCUGUAUCAUCGUACAAACCUCCCGUCGCUGGUUUUCGAGCACUAGUACCUUUUGCCCGACUGCGCCAGCAGCUCUCAGAAGAUGCACUUAAGAAAAGUCUAAUAUGUAGAUUAUCGAACCGGUGAAGACUGAUGAAAUUAGUUUCCGACUGGAAAUAGUUACGAAAAUUGUUUUGUCAAAAUCUGGGUUUAUUUUAACGUUAUAGGAGUUGUAUAGACAAGGACAACAUAAGUAGGUAACACCUAACUACAUCAGGAAAUCGUGGCAUUCCCGCUUUAUAAUUGGUCCCUAAGUACUAGUACUUAGACUAUCAUUCUUAUCCCCUUCUAAAGCUUAUGGUGCCGGUCGGCCGAAGCUCCCAGCAUUCCAUAUGUUGCGCGAACUGGUAGCAGUGGCUUUGCGGUUACAAGACGAGCGCAGGCGGAAAUGCUUGGAACUCGUGAUGAUCUUUCCACUGCAGAAGGUCGAGCUGCAGCAGCAGUCGCCUAAAGCCGCUUCAGCGACGGGUGCAACUAGUUGUACCUUUUUUAGCACAAGUAAUUUUUAUACGUCGCAGGAGGAGAGUAAUACGUUUCCCGAGGUGACGAGACGGUUGUCUUCAAAAACUGAAGGACCAGAACGCACAGGCACAACGGUUGCUUUUGGUGAAGAAGCACCAGGUUUUCAAGAUGGUCCUGGAGGAGAGCAGGUUUCACUUGCUUCUGCACAACAGAGCAGUUCUUCCACAAGACCUGUUGACCACAACCACUAUCCACUACAUGGAGAGGCCCAACGUAAUAGCAGGAAGUUAGCCGUGACGCAAGGCGAUUUUCUCCUUGAAAGAACGACAUUGGUCGUGCUGGGGCAGAUCCAGCACUUCGAAAAUUUCAGACCUGGAGAGGCCCUACCAAUGUCCGUGGUGAGCAACCUAGACGAAUCUUUGGGGUACCUCUACAUCAUUCUGCGUUUUCUGGCUGCAUAUCUCGAUGUGCCGUUGCCGUUCCCCCUAAGGACGCUGCCCCCCAACGCUAGUCAAGUUGGGGCACGCGCUUGCGGAAACCUCUUCAUACAGAAAACAAGUCUGGUCCGAAAUCACGAUCAAUCCUUGCAUAGUAGAUUAAGUACUGCUGGUACCGGUAUUGGAGCUUCUGGAGGAGGCGCACCUGCGCAUCGUGGUCCACCACCUGAACGGUCUUCAUAUGCUGCAGCUUCUUUCUCAUCAUCUACUUCUAUAACUACUAACUACGUCGAGCAAGGAACACGAUUUGGUCAAGUUGUACAUGCUGGAAUCUUAAGUGGUCCUUCUAGCGUGUCUUCUGCUUCUACCGCGAUAACCGAAAGCGCAACCGCCUAUAACAUGCGUCGUUUUUUUCGUCGGGCGAGCGCUGCGGUAGUCGAUAAGGUACUCAGUGAGGACGAUCGGAGCCGCUUCCUCCCACAGAAAAUGCGCGCAGUACUCUCAGAACGAUGGCAGGGCUCCUCAGAGGGUGUUAAAAACUCCGCAUCAGAACGUUCGGAAGAUGUAUUUGAGAAUGUACAACUUGCUACCUCUGGUGGAGGACAAAGUUGCUUUAUCAACAUGAACCAACCUCUGCUCCCGAGGCCUCUAGCUCUGCAUAUGAUCGACAGAAGCGAAGUGGGGUUUAAACUAGUAAAGUACCGUGUCGUCACGCGCGAGUUCGUCGAGGCCUGUGCACUAGUGCGGGAAAAUGUUCGGACGUUGGCAGAAUGGCAAGGCGUCCUGCGACAAAAAGCGGCUCCCCGCAGGCGCGAUCGGCUUGACAAUCUUCCUCUUUUCAUCAACGUGAGGGGUAGAGGCCCUAGAAACUUUUGUUACAACUUAUACAGCACGAGUCGUGAAGAUAGGCGUAGAAGACGAGGAGCAGGUGGUCAUGGCGAGGAAGAGCUUUUUGAAGAUCAAAGAAGCACGAGCCGCAGUAGCGAUGUAAGACAACGUGAAUGUCGACAAAGAGGUAGAAAAGCAAGUCAACACUCAGAUGCGCUUAAGGGAAAGGGAAUAAACAAGGCAAAGAAGGACAACAGUAUUGCUUAUGGUGAAGAGGGAGCACUUCCAGAGUCGGGAGACGCAGGCCCAAAAGUUCUGAGCCGACUCUCUGCAGCGUUCACGAGCGCUGCACGAUGGCUGGGCACUGUCAACGAGGAGGAAAAUGAGUCGCCUGAGGAGGAGAAAAGAGAUUCUACCAGAGGCUCCAGAGACCGAUCGAUCAGAAAAAUGUCUAACGAGGCGACUGAGAUGAAAGCUGCACGAGGCGUUUCAACUACAGCUGCACGACCCGUGUCAACAACUGCAGUAAGCAAACGUGGACUGAAAAACAAAUUAGCUCCACUUGAGGGCGCAGCUUAUCAUGAGCCUUAUCAUGACGAUCCAUUGGCAGACAAAACCUUGUUACAUGUUCUAAUGGCAAUCGUUAAUAGCGAGCAUUUAGGCUGUCUCUAUCCCCCAUCGCUAUCACGACAUCCAGAUGAGGGAGUUCGACGUGAUGGAUACGAUCUUGACAGCGAUUCUGGUAGCGAUCAGGAAGAUGAAGAUUAUGGGAGAAAUUUUCCAGGUAGCAGCGUCUCGGCAGGAGAUCGUAGGAAUUUCCGUGACCGAAAUGGACGCGGAGAACUACCCGACGAAGAAUUUCCGAAACAAGAAAAGCAGAGGCGGGAAGCAUCAAAUCAUGAGCAUAACAAUGCUAAAAACCGCGAGGACGUCGAGGAGAUAUCCUCGAGGCGAAGAAGCGGUCGGACAAGUCGCCAGGGGCAGCCGGCCACUACUUCCAGACUGAAAAACAGUCUGGACGAAAAUGAUAACGCAUGGACAGUGGUUGAAUAGUUCUUGUUGUGGUCGUCAAAAAACCUGUUGAAGUUGUACUAGUACAGACAUCGAAAUUAUUUGAGAAACCCAGAAAACCCCUAAUUUCAUAUUUUUCACCACAUCAUAGGUGAACAAAAAUUUUCCA